UGCCACUCUGCAACUUGCCAGCAUGCAAGAAGUGUUUGUCGUGACGGGCGGCAACAAGGGCAUUGGCCUCGAGACGACGCGGCUCCUCGCCGAGCGCUUCCCCGAGGCCAUCGUCCUCCUCGGCACGCGGAGCGUCGCCAAUGGCCACGCCGCCAUCGCGCAGCUCCGCGCCGAGCACCCGAGCCACACCUACGCCAACAUCCGCACGCUCUACAUCAACGUUGCGAGCGCGUCGUCCGUGGAGGCAGCCGCCGAGUACGUCGCCUUGCAGUAUGGCCGCGUCGACGGGCUAGUUCAGAACGCCGGUGUCGUCGGUGAUGCGUCCUUCGACGUCAACCUCUUUGGCAUCGAUGCUGUCUUUGACGCCUUCCGCCCUCUCCUCGCCAAGGCGACGCAGCUCACUGGAUCGCCGGCGAUGCAUGUGAUCGUGUCGUCCGAGUUUGCGGCGUGGACGACGCACGCCAUGACAGCAGCGCUCCAGGAGAAGCUGGCAGCCUUUGCCUCGUGGAAGCCGCAGGAAGCGAAAGCGCUCGCGCUUGAUUACAUGGCCUUUCAACAUGGCGAGACGUCACGCUAUGCGUGGCCUGCGGCGUCGCUCACCCGCGGACGCUACGGCAUCUCCAAGGCGCUCGGUCUGGCGCUCGGACGCAUCUGGGCAGGUGAGUUUCGAGAGAUCUGCACGGUCUCCGUGUGCCCCGGGUACUGCGACACGACCAUGAACGUCGACUACACGGGCGCUCGGUCGGCCGAAGAUGGCGCCAAGAGCGUGCUCUUCCCGAUCUUGCACCCGACGAAGGUGCAGUCUGGCCUCUUCUACCAAGACGGCAAGGUGCACCCGUGGGCCUGCACGAAUCCAUUCGGUCCUUGAUGUUUACUAGUACAGGGAUCGAACCCCAGCAGUGAAGUGAAAAUGCAAUAAACAAAUUCAUUUCGACGGUCAACA